GGGCGGAGCAAAGAACGUCCUCUAGUCUAGAGAGCCUCAGGGCCCGCGAUCCAUUCCGCGCAUGCGUCCUCACAGUCAUGGCUGCUUUACGAAUCUUGUGCUUUCGGCUCGCCAGGGCUCCGCUGAGGUUUUCUCAACGGUGCAGCAGCAGCAGCAGCUCACCUCGCCGCACGCUCACGGUGCCCGAGCGCAUCGAGGAGAAGCGACGGGCCGCGCUGCUCGGGGGUGGCCAGGCCCGCAUAGAUGCCCAGCACCGGCGGGGAAAGCUGACCGCUAGGGAGCGUAUUCUUCUCUUAUUGGACCCUGACAGUUUUGUAGAAUAUGACAUGUUUGUGGAACACAGAUGUGCAGAUUUUGGUAUGGAUGCUGAAAAAAACAAGUAUCCUGGAGAUAGUGUGGUAACUGGCCAGGGCAGAAUUAAUGGAAGACUGGCUUAUGUCUUUAGUCAGGACUUCACUGUGUUUGGAGGCAGUUUGUCUGGAGCUCAUGCUCAAAAGAUCUGCAAAGUCAUGGAUCAGGCUGUUAUGGUUGGUGCUCCGGUGAUUGGACUAAAUGAUUCAGGAGGAGCCCGUAUCCAAGAAGGAGUAGAGUCACUGGCUGGUUAUGCUGAUAUUUUUUUGAGAAAUGUUUUAUGUUCUGGAGUAGUACCACAAAUUUCUCUUAUCAUGGGCCCUUGUGCAGGAGGUGCUGUCUACUCUCCUGCUUUAACAGAUUUCACAUUCAUGGUCAAGGACACAUCCUAUCUGUUCAUAACUGGCCCUGAUGUAGUCAAAUCAGUCACCAAUGAAGAUGUCACUCAGGAGCAACUUGGAGGUGCGAAGACACACACUGCAGUAUCAGGAGUUGCACACUGUGCUUUUGAGAAUGACAUAGAUGCUUUGCUCAAUCUCAGAGAAUUUUUUAAUUACCUACCUCUUAGUAACAAGGAUCCAGCUCCUGUCCGUGAAUGCCACGAUCCUAGCAAUCGAUUGGUUCCCGAGUUGGAUACAAUUGUCCCAAUGGAAUCUACUAAAGCUUAUGACAUGGUGGAUAUUGUACAUUCGAUUGUUGAUGAGAGAGAAUUCUUUGAGAUCAUGCCUUCCUAUGCAAGGAACAUGGUAGUUGGGUUUGCCAGAAUGAAUGGAAGAACAGUUGGAAUAGUUGGCAACCAGCCCAAAGUAGCAUCAGGUUGUUUGGACAUAAACUCCUCUGUGAAGGGAGCUCGUUUUGUUCGUUUCUGUGAUGCUUUCAACAUUCCUCUGAUAACAUUUGUGGAUGUGCCUGGAUUUUUACCAGGGACAGCUCAGGAAUAUGGUGGGAUUAUACGGCAUGGUGCAAAACUACUCUAUGCUUUUGCAGAGGCAACUGUGCCAAAAAUCACUAUUAUCACGAGGAAGGCUUAUGGUGGGGCCUAUGAUGUGAUGAGUUCAAAGCACCUCAGAGGAGAUGCAAAUUAUGCCUGGCCAACAGCAGAGGUAGCAGUGAUGGGUGCCAAGGGAGCUGUUCAGAUCAUUUUCAGAGGAAAGGAAAAAAAUGCAGAGGCAGAAUAUGUGGAAAAAUUUGCAAAUCCUUUCCCUGCAGCAAUCAGAGGAUUUGUUGAUGACAUCAUCCAGCCUUCUACUACUCGUCUUCGCAUCUGUCGUGAUUUGGAAGUGCUUGCCAGCAAAAAACAAUUUAACCCCUGGAAGAAGCAUGCUAACAUUCCACUCUGAAUUGGCUUACAAAGGGUACUUGCAAGUAGCAUUAAAUCUUGUGCAACUGGAAGUUCUUAUGGGUAAAGAGGUCCUAUAAAAUACAUGUCCUUUAGAAAAAUCAGUUGCAUCUAAGGAAAAACACAUUUAAAAACAGCACAUUGCAUCAGAAAUGAUAGAUAAUAUGAAAAUAAAACCUGGAUUCCUUUAGAACAAAAUGUGUGAGAGGUUGUUUGUUUAACAAGUACAUUAAAAGGGUAAUUGUGCAUGUUAUACACUCCAUGAGCAGCAAGGGAGAUGCAAGUGAUCAUCAAUGAAAACAUCAUAUGCUUUCAACUUCAUCUGAUGCAUAUGUUAUUUCAGCAUAAACUCUAAUUGUACACCAGAUUCUGAAUAGUCUUAAAUUAGGUGGAUAACAGGCCAUUCUCUCCCACCCAUUUCAGGUCUUAAUAGUAAACUUACUAACAGUAAUAAUUCUAGCAAAGAAUGGACAGGACAGAAUUUCUUUAGUCAUAUGAAUUGGUUCAGAAAAAUGAUAGUGAUGAACAAAUAGUUCUUUAGCACGUAAGAGAGACCAUGCAAUGAUUCCAUUGGAGUAAUUUAUCUUUCUCUCUAUUAAUAAAACUAAAACUUCCAGUACAAACUAUUUAGAGAUGGGCUUCACAAAUUGGUAUUUAUUAUUUUUCAAAUUUGUAGACAGCCUCAAUUUUCCAUCUCUGGGUUGUUUACAACAUGUAGAAGUAUUUACAAGUCACUCCUUUCGUCUGCUCCCUUUGCAAAUGCCAUUGUAGAUGGCAUUUAUAAAAUAUGUAUAGAAGUGAAUGGGAAAGUAAUGGUUAUUAAAUAGACAAAGUUAAAAAUAGGAAGAGAUUUUCAAAGAAUAUUAACUGUGUUAGAAACAACAGUGUAGGAUCAUUACCAUGGUUAGAUCAUUACCAUUGUUCAGAAGCCAGCAGUAGUCCUGCUUUGCAUUCAGAAGGCUGAUACAUUCAUCUUCAGGUUCUUAUAGUUGAAAGGAUAUUAUUUACCAGGAACAAACAUUUUAAUGAACCCUUCAAGAUAAUUAAAUAGGACAGGACCACCUGCUAUCCUAGUUGCACUAUUCAAGAUGUAUUAAAGAUUUUAACUGUGCAAGUAGUAGCAGCUGGUGACAGACAGGCCAGCAUCAAGAGCAAGGCAGAGCUAGCUAAUGCACCUAAGAGAAUACUGUCAUAAGUAAUUUCAAGUCGCACCUCGCAUCAGAAAUUUAGUAAUGCUAAGCAAAAACUUCCAAGCAUCAAGGGACAGCAAAACACCUGCGCUCUAAUUAGAGCAUCUUCUCUCCAACUCCUGUUACUAAGCUCAUUGGGCAGAGAUCAUGUUGCUUCUCUAUAGGACCUAAUACACUUGGAACUAAGAGUGUUGACAUUAAAUUGCUAAAAGCCAUCCUAUUCUUACCAUUCAGACCAUCUCAGGAAACCAAGGAACAAACACAAGUAACACUUAAUGACUAAAACACUAGAAGCUAAUUCUCAGUACUCUACUGCAGAAGACUGCCCUGCCAUCAUACCAGUCAAGUACCAAUUUCUGAGUCCAGAGUCUAAAAAUCCUGAAGAAAUUGCAGAGGUUCUCUAUAAUAUACUGUCACUAUUUUAGUACAGUGAGGUAGACUUCCAAAGUGUCUUCUAUCUGUCUUUGAGCCUAUUGCUGCCAGCCAGUUCAAAUGCAGCCACAGUAAAAAGCUGAUUCCUUUUCCCAGAAGUUAGGAGUACAUUUUCUCUUAGCUUGGCAAGGCUGCUGUAUCCUUCAGAAAGGACUGUUUUCUCUGACAGUGAAUCAAUUUUAACAGAGACUAGACAGAUAGGUUGUAGCUACUGUAGAACUCAUGGUUAACAUUUGAGGAGUUUAUGAAUAUGCUGUUAGGAUUCCUGAUCCCUUCUGGAAAAAAAUAAGCUACUCAUCCAUGGAUUCCCACAAAUUUCUCCCACCUUUCUCUAACCAAGAUAAUCCCCUGUUGUUAAAUACAUGUGAACUACAGAUACGACAGGUAUGCAGCCACAUAUCUGGAUGAUCAGGGCAGUUACCAAAGAGGCAGUCAGUGUGAAAUGGCAAACUGUUCCAUACUUACAGGUUUGUUCUCCAUUUCCUUCUCUCCCGCCCCUGAGGCAAACACAAGCACACAGAAGCACCACAGUUCAUCAAUCUUGGAGGAAGAAGAGUGAUUAUAAACCUGAAUGUAGGAGAAGCUUCUGUCCAUCUUCAGCUAAGAAGCUGAACUCUUUACUCUCAAGUGAAGUAUUGCUAACAGGAGUGCUCCCCCUUCAAUGUCACCUUAAAACAAAUAUACUACACCAGAGUUCCCAUAGCUUCCCAGUGACUGAUUUCAUGCUUUAUUUUGAACUCAUUUAUUUGAGCUUUUAAAAUAAUUGAGUACUUGGUUUUUGCAAGGAAACUGAACAGUGAAGAGGGGUCUGGGUAAGCAGUGGACAAUAGGAUACAUGAGCAUCUAGUGAAUGCUUGAAUCUUUAGAAGACACUAUUUUCAGACAUCUCUUUAACUAAGAGGAGUAGAAACUUAACCUCCGGGAUCCUGUGCCAGCUAUCAGUUCUGCAACAUACAAGUCACAUUAUCAACCCUAAUAUCAAUUCCACCCCCCCACACAAUUUUUCUUCACCUAAUGCCAUAACAGGUGUGGGUGGGGAAGAGUAGGGACCCUUUGAAUCUGAUCAAUUACUAGCAGCUGCCUGAAAAAUCUCUUAAGGUUGAAAAAGUGAACAAAAAAAUCUGAUCACUUUUAUUGCAAAAAAUAUAUCGCAAAAGCAAGCAAAAAAAAAUCUCAGUCUGCUCUGCACAGAAUGCUGGGCAGCAGCAAAAUAAGCAGACAUAAGGAGUGGAAUAAAGACAGCUUUUCAAGCUUCACUGUGGGAAAAUAUUAGCAGAAGACAGACCAAACAGAAAGCAACCAUUCUCAAAUGCUUUUGUGGAAAGGACUCCACUGCACAUAUGAUUUUGAGGAGUUUAUUAAAGGAAAAGUGAAGCAUCAAUUUUAAAUUGUACAAAAGGAAAAAACCUCAUUGUAAAUGUACAAUUUACAGAAUUACUAGCAAAACCAAUCAAGGAGACACAUUAAAAAAACCUAUUGACUGCAAACUGAACUGGAAACCCAUUGGAGGUAACUUAUUUGUAAACGGCUUUUGUUUUACAGAAUUCUCUAAUGGUCAAAUUAAAAUUCAGUUUUCCAUAUGGAGGGCUGUGGAGCACAAGGACUUUAGCCAGCAGCAGUUAUUCCACUCUGCCCCACAAAACUGAAGUGCUAUUUCACCCUUUCUUGUUUGUCCACUUUUGCGGGAGAACUUGCACUUUAUCCUGAAGCACCAACCCAGUGCCUUUAGCAACUUUACAAUACCUAAAGAGCUACCUUGAAGGAAUGGCUGAAUUACCAGGUUAAUCAUUUUUGGCAACCACAAUGGGAGAACUGUACAAAUUUUAGAAGGGGAAAGUGCCAACUGUUAAUGGGUGCACCUCGUAUUAAUUAAAUGGACAUUUUAAAAGGGAGAAUGUCACAAUUACUUUUGCAGCUGCUAUAAAAGCACCUCUGAAGUGGAUGUAUUAAAAUUGGGUCAAAUUAGAUCUGCUUUCAAGCACUAACAUUCAAACUUCAAAGAAUACUACUUUGGCCUCAUUUUCACAGAUAUUUUUGUCAACAGCAGCUGUGCUCAACACUGGGGGUGGGGGUGGGGGGAGAACUAGUCCUUUAAUUACAUUAGCAGCUACCAGGAAGAGUCAUAGUAUCUAAGCAGAAUGAAAGUCCAAAUCAUUGAAGACACCAAAAAUCUCUUAGAACAAUGAAUUAGCUGAUUACUUUUUGGAUUGUUCUGCUUUUUAGAAAAAUCAUUUAAUAAUUACUCUUAAUAAUGCACAGUUAACACUGAGAAUGUAGCUGUAUUCCAUUGUAAGCUUAAGAACGUCACCAUCUAAGCACAAGUUUCUAUGCAGCACGUACAGUAAAUCUAACUGGCAAAAUUAAUUUACAAAAAUAGCACAAAAGGGUAUUUACGGCAUGGAAAGUUAGACACUUCUCUAUGGUACAGUUAAAAUUGCUUUGAAAAUGCAAGUUGUGACUCUUGCUCCCCAUCCCCAAACCUCCUUCCCCUUUGAUUUAUGCUCCAUAGGAAAGUUGCUGCUUAUGUACCUCAGUUCUGAGAGGGCAUGAAAUAGGUAGUAGAAACAGCAAAUAGAUUACUUUAGAACCACUGGUUUAUUUUACUGAGAAUAUUUUAUUUGCUGGUAUAAGUUGCUAAAAAUGCACAGAACAAGUACCAAUAGAAAAUGUGCUGUCUUGUGUGUUCCCCUCGUGCUAUAUAAAAUGAAUGUUACACAGCGUCUGUUGGAAAAGUGGCUUCAUGGACAUCUCUUAUUUUAUGCCCUAUUAUAAAUAAAAAUAAAUCUUCUCAGAAGUAUAAAAUCUGGGGUUUUCUCUUUUUCAGAAUCUGACUUUUUGGCAGAGAUGCACACAUCUGACUUCUAACCUCUUUUGUAAAAGUGUUCUGCUCUCAAUGGUCAGAGAGGAUGUAGAAGCGUACCAUACUGCUAGUCACAUCCAGUGUGUUUAACAACACUUCUCCAGGCAGGAUGGCCUACUGAUAGCAUCGCUGCUGGUCAAUGGCUGACAGGCAUAAAUUUAAUAAAAAUGGCUAGCUUCUAAAACAUAAAAAGGCAAAUGUUAAAACAUUUUGAAGUUGUACAGCAGAAAAAUAAAGUUAAAAAGUUUUGUUUUCA